CAGUUUUGACAAAAAUGAAUGAAAAAUUGGAAAAGAAUAUCAAAGAAACGACAGACAAAUAUGAAGAGAAGAUAAGCAUUCAGGAUAAAGAGAUUGCUCAACUGAAAAAUCGUUUGCAAGAAGAUUGUGAUAGGAUGAAAAACGAAAUCAGAAAGAUGAAAGAAACCUCGAUAAAGGAUAACGGUGAAGAGAAACUGCAGCUCAAAACAGAGGUCAGUGAAUAUAAGAUAAAAUUGGCCAAUUUGACAAAUGAAAUGAAUGAUAAGAUUAGACAAUAUGAAGGAAAAAUCGACGCCAUCAAUAAAACUAAAGAUUUGGAGUUGUGUAUGCAGAAGAUGACUCUAAUAUCUGACUUUUCGGUUACCAGACAGAAAGAGCUGGAGAAUAUCAUUUCAGUCUUGGACGAGAAAUACCAGGCUCGUCUCAUGGCAACAGACACAUUCAAGUCCGAAUCAAAAGGAAAUCAAGAGGUGAUGCAAUUUAAAAUUGAACUAGACGAAGAUAUCAAGCAACAAAAUGAACCGGACCCGAUUAUUCCAAAUGAUAUUAUAAUAUGAAGCAUUCCGAAUCCUGUGAAAUGGAGCCUUAAAUUCAAGUACAGAAGAAUAUUGGAAGCUCUAUGUUUCAUCAUAAUUCGAAAUAAUUCGUAUCGUUACACAUGAAAAUUCAAUAUCAAAAACUCCAUUAAAAAUGAAUUGAUAAUUUCGCAGUUUAAUUAAAAUCAUCUAUUGCAAAACUUUUCAAUGAAUAUUUGAGUAUUAUUUUUAUUUACUUUCCAUAAUCUGAAUAAUGAGGGAUUAUUCAUCUUUCCAAUACUUAUUGAGUACCUAAAUUUGUAGUGAAUAGAAUUCAAUAAGCAAUUGAAUAUAUACGCCUAUCCCAGUGAGUUCCACAUUCAAGGACUUUAUUAUCUUCAUAAUAUCAUGGUUCUUGGAUUUCCCCCAAAAAACAUUAUUUUCUUAAUUAUUUAUUUAUACAAUAUGACAAUUUCUACUGAGUCUAAGACCCAUAGGGGUACAAAAACAAAAUAGCACUGCACACGAAUAAACGGAAAAUGUAAAACUAAAAUUAUAAUUAAUGAGUAGGCUACAGUUAAAAUGCUGUAAAAAUUAGUUCGAAGUUUUGAAUAGAGUUAUAUUUCAACAGAUUGAUAUCCAGUGAAAAAUUUCAUUUCUACUUAUAGGCCUAUAACUUGUAGGCCUUAGUUUGGUAGAAAGUUAGUGGGGAGGAUCAUUUUAAUAUUCUUUCCGAAGAAUGGACAUUGAUAUGUCCAAAGCUC